AUGCAAGGAAAAAUACUUGUUUUUGUGGGUCUUUUAGCAACCCUUGCAUAUGGAGAAUUAUCAGCAACAGGAUGUGAAAUGUUUAACUGCAAGCUCCCAUCUCAAAAAUUUGGCUCUAAUACAUGUGUUUAUUUCAACCAAAAAACGAAUACUUAUUAUGUUCAACCAUGUUCUGGAGACAAUUAUUGUCCAGCCCUCCACAACUCUAAUAGCACUUGCCAAGCCGAACAAAAUUUCACAGCCCAAGGAUGGCCUGGGGAGAAGUGUACAACGGCUUCAGAUUGCAAUGCUUAUGCUUAUAAAGGCUGUGUUGGUGGAAUCUGCACAGGAGCUGCUAAAGGGGGUGGCUGCCAAGACAGUAACUCAUGCAACCCAGGACUUUAUUGUUCCAAGCGCUUUUGUGUUUCUCAGCUUCAAGUAGGCCAAUCAGGCUGUAACUCUGAUUUUGAUUGUGUUAAUGGAGCUGGAUGCAAUUUCACAGGAAAUGCAGCCACAAGUACUUGUGUUGCAUAUUUAAGCAUUCAGCCUCAUGCUCCUGUUGCUCAAUGCCAAAUAAACCAAAAUAGGCUAUGCUCAUCAUUGACUUGUGCUCAGCUGAAUGGUGCAAAUUACUGCACAAAUCCAUUGAAAUCUUAUGCUUUUAUUCCAAUGGCAUGUGAUGACAACUCAGAGUGUACCUCUAGCAAUGAUCCAUUCUUUGGGAAUAAUUUUGAUUUAAGCUCAUCUUGUGAUUGUGCUUUAAAUCCAAACGGAAAUAGAUAUUGUGGUUUAUUCCCUGGGGAUGCACCUGGACAAUCAUAUCUUAGCCAGCUUGCCUUAUGGUACCAAAGCAAUGAAAUGAAUAAUUGCAAUACCUUUAGAAGACAUAGUGAUGGGUGCAUGAAUAGCUGGUGGGAUGCUAAUUCUCUUUCUUCAAUAUUGAGCAAGAUUUUUUGUUCUCUGGAGGGGGUUAACUUAUUUUGUAUAAAAUUUUUGGAAAUAUAUAUUAUCAGUUGCUUAAAUUUCUGAUCGGCUCCUACGAGCCAAAGAUGGAUUUCACGCUUGAAAAUCCAGAAAUUCAACGUAGAAACCCAUUUUUGGCUCGUGGGAGCCGAUCAGAAAUAACGCCAAGAUAUUAUAUUAUAAACAAUUUUUGAUUGUUUUCAAUAAUUUUACCACUCUUAAAGGGGAUUAAGGAUAUGGCAUUUUAUAAUUAUUACAACCUGAAUUAUAAAAUGUACGCAUUUGUGCAAAACAUGCCAGAUUGUGUUGCUCAAGUGUACCUACCUGAGUAUUAUUAUGCGAAGCAGCAAUACCAACAAUAUCAAAACCAAUAA